CGUCUCUAUGGAUGCUCACGAAGGAGCGAUAUCCGACGGAGAGGCGGAAGGCAUAAGGAGAACGUUGCAGAAAGGUAAGUGAAUUGCUUUUUGCCAUUCCAAAAUACCACAUCACAUUGACCUCUCAAUGGUUUUGACCUUCACGCUAACCGAUGGCGAUGGAACGAGUGCCUCAUACCAGGCGAUCAACUCUCUUAUGCUUGUCGCUACUAUGCUAUCGAUGUCUGGAGCGAUAACUGCAACUCUUUCCAUGAGAUGGUACAGCAUCGUUCCGAAGGACUCGGUUCAGCUUCUUGCCCAUCGACGAUCUUACGACCAAGGCCAAGUGAGGGAAGACCUAGCUCCCCUGCGUUUCCGCGAAACAAUCUUUGAGAGAACCAUACCAUUUGCCCUGAAUACGUGCAUACACCUUACCAACGCUGGAUUUUUGAUUUUUGUUGCCGGUAUUCUCACAUAUGCCUGGAUCCGUCAAGAAACUCCAGUAGCUAUCGUCACAACAGUCUCCGCAGGCUGCGGGCUGUUUUGCAUGAGCUUGUUUUACCUUCCGUUCGAAUUCCGCUACGUUAUUCACCACUUGCACUUCAUGCGCUUCCAAUUCUGGCCUCCGCCGGCUACCCGUAGGGAGCGACGUUCAGCUCUCCAAAGCCCAAGGGAAGAAACUUCUAAAGCGUCAGCCUCGGUUUGAUUGAAUUAAGCAGAGUUGCUUUGCUCGUAGUGUGUUGUUGAGGUGUGCGUGAUCGCCCAGCAUUUGUUUCAUUCGUAAGUGUAUGUUACGGUAGGCAUAAGAAUUCGCUGGAGAUUCUUGGGAAAACAAGUGUAUAGUAUAUUGUAGGAUCUAAUUGGGGAAUCAAGGCCGCGGCGCGGGCAGAGAAAGAGCAAGGGCACAAGUAAAUCGAGAUCAUUAGUUUGACCCAGACGUGAGCUCAAUGUCGAUUGCUUGUCUAGCCAGUGUGGGGCAUGAAUAUGACUGGAGU